GCCUCUGCCUCCUCGCCACACCAUAAAACGCAACACCCCCUCUGCUCCUCCCGUCUCCACUCCCCCCCACAGUUCCCAGCCCAUCACCAACUCCACCACCACAGCAGUCAGCAGCCAUGGAUGACUCCCACGAGCCCGCCUCCCCCACCUCCCCCUCCGCUUCUUCGUCGUCGUCAUCCUCCUCCUUCUCCUCGGUCGCGUCGAAGAAGCGGCCGCGCAAGGACGGCAGCCGGCAUCCGACGUACCGUGGCGUGCGCAUGCGGAGCUGGGGCAAGUGGGUGUCCGAGAUCAGGGAGCCCCGCAAGAAGUCGCGCAUCUGGCUCGGCACCUUCGCCACCGCGGAGAUGGCCGCGCGCGCGCACGACGUUGCCGCUCUCGCCAUCAAGGGACGCGCCGCGCACCUCAACUUCCCGGACCUCGCGCACCUACUCCCGCGCCCGGCCACCGCAGCUCCAAAGGACGUCCAGGCCGCGGCAACGCUCGCCGCGGCCGCCGACUUCCCCUCCGGCACCAAUGCCAAGAGCCCCGAGAGUAGCAGCUACGACGCCAGCGCCGCGUCGCCGCCACCGCCCCUGCAGGACGCCGAGCCGGACCCGGACGAUGCGCUGUUCGACCUCCCGGACCUGCUCCUGGACCUGAGAUGCGGCUCGUCCUCGGCUCUGUCGUGCGCAUCGUCAUGGGCCGUCGACGACGACGUUGCCGGCGGCGGCGCGUUCCGCCUGGAGGAGCCGCUGCUGUGGGAGUACUGAUCAAUGUCACUGCGUGAGUUCCUGGAGCUGCUGCCGGUCAUCAGUUACUUCGUGCGUGAUGCAUCCCUCGGUCAUGAGCAUUAUUAAUUUAGAUCGAUCGGACACUUGUAAAUGCCGCUGCUUUCCUCUGUUUUUCUUCUCUUCUCUCGUAAGUUUUGUUCUGCUCUUUCUUUUGCCUGCGUUCUGUUUUCCUUCACCAGAUUUAGGAUUCGAGCCUUUAUAAAGGUUGUUUCUUUUUCCUUCUCUUGCUUGAUUUGGGGGACAAGAAUAUGUAUAAUUAACAAGCAUCUUAUCUUCCAUCACUUUUGGCCCGUUUA